AUGCUCCAUACCCUAUCCUACGAAACAACACUCUUAAAAAGUACAACUACAACUUUUAAAAGCUCAUUUAUACUGUUCAAAGUAGUAUUUGUAUUCUCUUUGGUUCAAAGCGACCACCACGCGCAUUGCUUCGCGAGGCCGUUCGAUAUCCGCUCGCCGCUAGUGGAGACAGCGUGCGUGGUGUGCCCGCGCGGCGCGCUGCCCGACGCGUCGCGCACGCGCUGCCGCCCCAUCCCCGAGCAGUACCUGCGACCCGACUCCGCCUGGGCCAUCGGGGCUAUGGCCUUCUCCGCUAGUGGGAUACUGCUUACCGCUUUCGUGUUCGGCGUGUGGGUCCGUCACGGCGGCACGCCGGUGGUGCGCGCGAGCGGGCGCGAGCUGUCGUACGUGCUGCUCGCCGGCAUCCUCAUGUGCUACCUCGUCACAUUCGCGCUCGUCUUCCGCCCCACAGACCUGCUGUGCUCCAUACAACGCUUCGGCACGGGCUUCUGCUUCACGGUGGUAUACGCCGCCCUCCUCACGAAGACGAACCGCAUCGCGCGCAUCUUCCGCGCGAGUCGCCGCUCCGCCAAGCGACCGCUGCUCAUAUCGCCCUCCUCGCAGCUUGCCAUCUGUGCUGCGCUGGUUUCUGUGCAGGUACUCAUAGUAGUAGUGUGGAUGAUAGUGGCCCCAGCGCGCGCGAUGCACCACUACCCGACCCGCGAGGACAACAUGCUCGUCUGCGACUCGUACGUCGACGCGUCAUACAUGAUCGCCUUCUUCUAUCCGAUCGUGCUGAUCCUCGUCUGUACUGUGUAUGCAGUAUUGACCAGGAAGAUACCAGAGGCGUUUAAUGAGAGCAAGCAUAUUGGCUUCACAAUGUACACAACAUGUGUGAUCUGGCUCGCGUUCGUGCCGCUGUACUUCGGCACAGCGAGCCACGUGCCGCUGCGCAUCACCAGCAUGGCCGUCACCAUCUCGCUCAGCGCUAGCGUCACACUCGUUUGCUUGUUCUCGCCUAAGUUGUACAUAAUCCUGGUCCGUCCGGAGCGCAACGUGCGGCAGAGCAUGAUGCCGGUGCGCUUCAGCCGCGCGCCGCCGCGCUCCCCGCUCGCGCACAAACCAUCAUGCGCUGAUAAAGAAACUCAAACUGAAACGGCCGACUUCAACAAACUAACGAACGGACAAACUGUUCAAAUGAAAGCCGCUGACAAAGAGAUAGAAAUGGAGAAAGAGAAAGAAGAUAAAAAGAAAGAGAAACAUAUCAAGAUGGCGAACUGCGAACGAGGCGCGACAAAUAAACCGGAAUCUUUAUAG